AUGGAUGGAUCUGCCGACAACCUGGAUGACGAGGCUGAGGCUGAAGAGGAAAGGCCACUGUCAGUGUUGUGGGAGAGGUGCAUUCAGCAGAGUAUAAUCGUCGACCUGAGUGACAAUGACAGUCUUCAUUUAAGCGACCUACAACCAGGCUCGUUCACCAUUUGUCUCAAUCAAGACUCACCAGCAUCAGAUGCAAGCCUGAACAUCAGUGAAAACUCAGAGCUGGACAGUUCAACCGAGGUAGAAGACGAAGCCACUGAAUCCAGUGUCACUUCGACCAGUGGAGAGUCGGAGAGUGGCAGCAGUGGCAUUAGACACAGUGGCACACACGUGUCCCAACCAGUGGGCCAGACACCAGCAAACCUGAAGGAGAAACGUGUGUGGAGGUAUGAAGACGAUCCUGCUAACACCAGCGAUGAAGACCAAGAGGACCUUCCUUAUGACGAUGACCUGCUCGCAAGCCAGUGUCUCCCCGGCUCCCCUCGGGGAGAGACCUCAGAGAAACAGGAGAAAGCCGUUCACAGCAACGAGUGUAAAAACACAGAUCGAAAAGCAGCCACUGAUUUCAAUAGCCUUUGUGCCUUAAACUUGAAGGGGGAGACUGGCAGGGCGGUUGCCAAGUUGCCGAACCCACAGGCUGCUGCUGCUGCUGUUACUGCUGUUGCUCCUUCAAAAGAUGCUGACGCAGCACCCUGCAUUAGUGGUGAAGAGCAGGCUGCACUUCAGGGGUUGCCAGGAGAGGCUGCCGCCACAUCAAAGCAGCCUCAGCAUGCGAGAGCAGGCACCGCAAUCUCAGACCUCCUGCUGCGCCACUUCACACGAGAGGAACUGCAGAACGCCACUGAGCUCAUCGACGCCGAGACGCUGCCCGAGGUCUCCCUGAUGGAGAGCCUGGACGACACUGUGGUGAGUCUCGUCUCCCAGCACAUCUUGCGUCACGGGCCGGCCGACUGUGGCCACAGCGCCAGAGGGAAACACAGCAGCCACUGUGAAGCCGAGGAGGAAGUCGAAGAGGCAGAGGUGGAGAGCGGUGAUGAUCGCACGGUGCUGUCCGAGCGGGUUGGAGAGGUGUCGGUGAACAGCCAGCGGGCACCGGGCACGCAGAGGCAGCCCAGCCUGGAGGAGGAACACUGCUCAGCACGCAGCCAGAGCCCCAGCUCCAGCCCCCAGCCAGCCAAAGAGGAAGAGGACUCCCCCCAAAGGCCCCCCUUAGUCAGGACAAGGUCAUUCACUGAUCUCAAGUACGGGCAAGGUCAGGUGCAUUAUCGCCUACCGGACUUCUCCAAGGUGGCCCCUAAGGUAAAAAUCCCCAAGUCCAGUGGUGGGUCGCGGUCCGUGUGCCCCUCGCCAGGUAUCCAGAGGGUCCAGUCUUCACCCAGCGUGCUGGCCAAGUCCUCAGCCUCCCAUGUGGCCACCAUGGCGGUGAUCAGCAGAGUGCUGGAGGACAUCAUCCAGCCCAAUGACAGGGCGUUCCUGUUCAGGGACCAGGAGUGGGACCAGGGCCCCGCUCCUCAGUUGCAGGUGGAAUAUGACAACCUCGUUGCCAUCAGUGCUGAAGCAGACAACCUGGUUGACCGGAUGGUACAAGGAGAUAACUUCAACGUUGUCAGUGAACCUUCACUCAACACAGGCGAGACUGAUAAGAAAGAAGUGAAAGGAGUGCGGAGGGAUUCCUGUGAAAUGCGAGCAACUGAACAGUCCACCCAACCAUCUCUAACAGGGCCAGAUGAGGACUUGGCCAAAGCCCCUGAGCCCACCACAGCACCUCCCCUUGACAAAACCAAGGAACAAAGUGAAGGGGACAAGAUGACUUGUGAUCUAAUGGAAAUUGUUUGUCAGUUUGGGCAGAAGGUUGCAGAAUUCAAAAACGGAGUUAGCGCAAUGUGCACAAAUGUUGAGGAACAGCAAAUGGUCUUCAAAGGAAUGAUGGAUGCUCAGGAUCAACUAGAGAGGAACUAUAUGGCUAAGAAGGAGGAACACAGGGCUUUGGAGAGGCAAAACUACAUGGGCAUUGCCAAAAACACAGGUCACUUUGAUCCUGACAGACAGGUGGAGGGAGAGAUAUUCAGGAUAGGCAUGCUUCUGGAGGAUGUUAAGGAGCAGAUAGACGCAAACGUCUGUCAGAGCUUCUCCCCUCCGCUCUCCACCUCCACCCCUGUGCCUCCACCCCACCACCACCAGCACCAGCACCAGCACCACCGCCUCUCCCCACAGCCACCACUGCCUGAGGAUCUGAUGCCAGGUUUUUCCAUGAGUGCUGAUGGACGACUGGAGGAAGAGGAAGGCAGUGGAGGGCAAACAGAGACGGACUACACGGUGGAUCACACCGGGGAUCACAGCAUCAGUCUGCAGUACUCCGACACGUCCUUGGAGAGGCCAGAGACCACACAUGCCUCCAGUGCGGGUGAGGAAGAUGAGGAGGAGGAGAGGCAGCGUGCUCCAGCUGAGGAUGAGGACACCUGCAUCCCGGUGCUGGCAUCUUCUUUGAGCUCUGAGGCCAAGGACAGGCUGUGGGACACUGGCAGCCCUGGUUGGAGGAAUCCAGUGAAAACUGUGUGCACGUUCAGUGGCAGGCCACUAGGGGGAGCUCUCUCCUCCUCAAAUGAGAGCGCUGGAGACCCCCUGGACCACGGCCUGUGUUCUGUACAGAAGACUAGAAGCCCUGAGAUAGACAGUGGACUGGGAAGCACUGACCGGAGCAGGUCAGCUUCAGGACAGUCCCAACCACAGUCACACACAGAGAGGCUGCAGCUCCUCUCCGGCCCAGGUACAGGUAGCCCCCUCACCACCAGUGGCUCCGACAGCGAAGUGUCCACAUCCCACCUGACAACCACCGUAGCCAUGGCAACCUCAGCGACCUUGCUCCGCCCUCAGCCGCUCCACAUCACCGCUGGCGACCAAUGGCUGAGAGGCGGUCAACAGGACAGGUCAAUCACACGGCAGGAUCAGGAAGCAGGUGGCGCUUUCAGCCCUGAGCAGCUCUCGCCAUUCAGCAGGGAAGGACGCCCGUCCAGCUUCUCACGUGUGCCCAGUAGGGUGAGCACACACAGCCUGCCGCCCAGUGAAACCCAGCCUCACGUCUGCACCUGCCACAGUGAGGCCCUCCUGGCGCUGCAGUGCGAGGUGGCCCACCUGAGAAGAGCUCUGGAGGAGCGCCUCUCCCACCUGCCCCACUACCCCCAGCCCAGCUCACGGCCCAAGCAGGAGAGGAGGAGCAGGACCCGGCCCAAAGCACAGCACCGACCCAGCUCCAGCAGGGGCACGAAAUCCAACCCUGGCGGCCUCAAAGUGGAUGACUGGAUCUCCUCCGAUAUGGACCGAAGUAAGAGCAAAGACAGCCGGAGCUCCGAGCUCAGUGGGAGCCUGCAGAAGUCACUCAGCAGCACGUCAGGCUUCCUGAGCCCACAGAGGAAAUCCCAGAUCAGCUCGCCCACUGUGUCGGGGGACAGGCAGUGGUCCCCAGACCUGCCCCUCUCCAGCUCCACCAGGGACGCCAGCCUGAGGCAGGACCAUUGCCCCAGCUACCUGCAGCCAGAUGAAGGGGUGAAGGAUGUGUAUGCUAGGAAUCGGGAUCUGGCCUUGUCAAGGCAGCCUCUCAGCAGGCCCUCUCCACAGCUCAACUACGACUCCUCAUGCAGCCUGCCCGCAAGCUUCAAGGUGCUGGAAGGCCAGUCCAGUUCCACUCCUUACCAGAGGCGGCGCUCUACCCAGUCAGACUCAGCCCUCUUGCCAAGCAAUGGCUACCUCCCACGGUCAUCGCUCUCCUCUCCCAGGCCAAGAGGCUCAAGAACAAAACACAGAACUAGCAAGGAGGAGGACAUCAGCAGGACGCUGGACAAAGCCAUCGAGGCAGCGCGCAGUAUGAAGCGCACCACCGAGCGCAUGGCACAGAGCCUUUCAGCCGACCUCACCAAGGCCGAGCUCCAGCGCAAGCUCAGCGGACUCCACACCUCUCUCCCCUCCGAGAGGAGGCCCAACGCCGACUCCUGAACACCACGGCAACCAUCCCUGAACACCUCAGCACUGAGGCCUGAACAUGUCAGCAGGUGCUGGAGUCUCUCAUCAGUUUACCCUUCUGAUGCUGCUGUGCUGCGUCCACAUUACACAUUACCGGGUGUGUCUCGGUCCAUGUGUGCUAUUGGACCGCACUUUUGAGGGGGAUUUAUAUAUUUUUUGUUGUUGUUUUGUAGACAAAGCUGUUGAGAGACGGCCUAAUCUAAGGUAACCCAUUGGAGGAGUUACAUGUUUUCAUACUUAAUUUAAUAAAUAAUUUCACUGCAAUGUUUUUUUUUCUUCUUCUUCCAAAAUAAAUGAGCAUUUUGGAAUAUUUUAUUCAGCCAAUGCUGCUGGGAAUUUGGCAAAAGGAAGGAAGGUUCCGUGUUUGAACCAUUGCACAUUCUGGAACAGUCACAAGAUGGUGCACUCAUCUUGUUCUCUCUCGUCUGUUCCCACGGGACCUCCAAGCACUGUCUCCAAGUGAGCCGCUGCUGCCUCUGCUACCCUCACCGACAGACCACAGGCAGUGAUCUUGUUCAGUGCUGACUCUCUUCUUCGUGACACUUUGUAACUAACCUUGGCAACAUAUCACACAAUCAAAAAAAUAACCAUCUAUACUGUAUGUACACCUAUGAUCUGGCCGCAUCCUUGGCAGAAGUGGGUCACAUUUUGAACUUGAUACGUAGCGAAACCCCCGUAAUGUAGUUGUCAGCCUGUGCAAUGACUUUCCCCUUUCCCCCCGUAGCUAACUUACACACCUGACACCUCACCUUGCCUUCCGAAGGCAACAGCACAACAAAAUAACCAGUGAUUGAGUUUCUAUUGAGUGCCUUUGUUUGUGCAUCUUUGUCCCUGGUAUUACAGCCCCUGUGGUGUAUGGCUCUGUCUACUUUUUUUUUCAGAGAUAGUGUUUCUCGUGUUGCCGUCUCUUGGUGUUAACAGAAACAUUCUUCGGUUUUACUUCUGAUUGUCUGGGUAGCAGGUGAUACCCCCUGACGUGAACACACAAACACCAUUUUAGCUAUGUAAUGCAUUUCAGUGGGGGGAACAACUUUUUCUUGCUUUUUUUUUCCUUUUUCUUUGUUUGUCCUGAGGGGUCGAGAGUGGCUGCUAUCUCAACAUUGGCUCUUGUUGUCCUCAUGCUGUUCUUGCUCUCAGGGAAGGUGACGGGCGGGAAACUGACCUAACAGAACACAACCAGGAACUACUACUACUACUAAUAUUGACCCCACUCUAGUCUCAACAACCAUGCCAGGCAUUUCACUGAGAGUAAGUGGCAGGGACUGUGUCUUACAGACAUAAAACAUUGCAUUUUAUUUUUACUUUUUUUUGUUACAAUUUUCAUGACCAUCUGUGAUGAUUAAAUGGGAUGCCUUAUUCUUUAGAAAAGCAGACUGGGACUGUACCAGCUGCAUAGAAUACAGGGUACAAAUCAGUGUAGCAUUAUGCAACUGUGGAGGAAAAUUAC